AGAGGAGAGGAGAGCAAACAAGACGCUCUCAUGACGCGAUGGCUUCAGGCUGGAAAACAGACACACACUCAUCCAUCGCCUGCGUCUGAGGAAACAUGAUACUGUUCAGCUGAAAUGAGCUCUCACUGAGAGCCGAGAUGACGCUGUCCUCCGUUUGAACCCCCUGUGAUUUAAAUCAACACCAAGGUCUGGAUUGGACUAUAAUUCCUCCUCUUUUUGGUGUUUCAAGAGACAUUUAUUGCUCUGGAGUAGAUCACACGUGGACUCAGAAGGAUGUUUUUUAAAGGGAAAAUUUGUGGAGUUUUGUAUGCCAGGCUCCUUCUGUGCCCAGCAGGAAUGUAAUGGAAUAAUCACAAACUCAAAUAAAGGGCAUGUCUAAAGGUUGAGCCCUGCAACGUUGCAGCAAAGAGAUGAAGCUCUGACCAAAGUGGAUGAUUGUCCACUAAAUGAACAAACACAAGACCUACAUCUGAUUUCCCAGCACUCUUGUCUUGCUGCUGUGUGGAACAGUUCUACAGGAAAGGGCUACAUAGACAAAACCUGUCCUCUUGGCUGAUAUCAUUCAACUUUGACAGCAAAAGUCAUGCCUCUCCCAAGAUCCAUUAUGUUCCAGGAGGCAUCAUAAGGAGCACAUCUGAAUGUUUUGCCCUGUCCUCUCAACGGGGUGAUGGAAUAAAGUGUGAGACAAGGCAUUUACAGACGCUAACAUCUCCAACAGACAGUAGGAAAACCUUGGAUCUGAACAUCCAGCCCCUUCCCCUGGCUGCAGUCUGGAGUAAGGGGUGUGCUCGGAGGUUCACCCCCACCAGGCUGCCACUUGCAGAUGGAGGCCCACCAACACUCCCCAGAUAGCAGCAGUGAGGAGUGCACCGUCCUGGAGGCUCCGCCCGGCAAAAACGCCUGCCCCCAACAUGCAGGGAAGGUGGCAGACCUGUACUGUUCGGCCUGCGAGUGUGCGCUGUGUGAGGACUGUGUGUCGGACCAUGAGGAGCACCCAAAGGUGCCCCUCAGCCAGGCCCUGGAGGAGCACCGCAGCCGCCUGCAGGAGAGGCUGGGCGUCGUCCAGAACAGACUCCCUCAGAUUUCAGACGCCCUGUCCUUCGUCAAGGAGAUCCUCCAACAGCUGAGCAAUCAGAGAGCUUCCAUCGAAGAGGACAUCCAGUCAAGCUUCGAGGAUCUGCACAAGCAGCUGGAUGUCCGGAAGAGUGUUCUGCUAAUGGAGCUGGAGGUCACAUACGGACUCAAACAGAAGGUCCUCCAGGCUCAGAUGGACAGCCUUGUCCGGGGAGAGGGGGACAUCACCGCCUGCUGUACCCAGACGGAGGAGGCUCUGGCUGGGGAGGCGUGUGUGGCGAGCCUUCAGGUGGAGCAGGAGCUGAAGGAGAGGCUAGGGGAGCUGGCCGGCCUCGGUCUGCCGUGUCAGCCGGAGGAGAACGACCAGCUGGAUCUGGUGAUGGAGACAGACGGGCUGAGGAAGUCCAUACACAACCUGGGGACCAUCGUCACGACCAGUGCGGUGGCAAGCCAGAGUGAAGCCAUGGGUGCUGGCCUGGAGCAGUGCAUUGUGGGACAUCCUGCCUCGGUUACCAUAGUGACAAGAGACAAGUCAGGGGGAGCCUGCAAGAGUGGCAAUGCGAUCCUGUCAGCUGAGGUCUUCACACCAGAUGGCAGCAUAGUGGACGGGGAAAUAGUGGACCACAAGAAUGGGACUUAUGAGUUUGUGUACACAGUGCCGAAGGAGGGCGACUUCUCGUUGGCUCUCCGUUUGUACGACCAGCACAUUAAAGGAAGUCCCUUCAAACUGACCGUCAACAGGGUCUCAGAGACCGAAGUCGAGGUGUCUCCCUCCACCACCACAGCAACCAACUCAGCAGCCUACGCCACCCCGUCCACGGGCUCCUCUGAUGGGGCGAAGAGACGUGGGAAGUCACCCGGCCAGAAGAAAAAAGGCUCCAAGAGGGCCAGCAGCGCCUUGGGCACCCCACGACGCAAAACCCAGAACCCUAUAGAGGACGACCUUAUCUUCAGGAUCGGAACAAAGGGACGGAAUAAAGGAGAGUUUACCAACCUUCAAGGAGUGGCUGCCUCCUCCACUGGCAGGAUACUGAUAGCUGACAGCAACAAUCAGUGUGUCCAGAUUUUCUCCAACGAGGGGGAAUUCAAGAGUCGUUUUGGGGUGCGGGGACGGUCGCCGGGGCAACUCCAGCGUCCCACAGGCGUGGCCGUGCACCCCAGCGGUGACAUCAUCAUUGCCGACUACGACAACAAGUGGGUCAGCAUCUUCUCUGGCGAGGGCAAGUUCAAGACAAAGCUUGGCUCCGGCAGACUCAUGGGGCCAAAGGGCGUGUCCGUGGACCAGAACGGUCAUGUGAUCGUGGUUGACAACAAGGCGUGCACUGUCUUCAUCUUCCAGCUGACCGGCAAGCUCAUCACCAAGUUUGGUAGUCGAGGCAACGGUGACAAGCAAUUUGCAGGUCCACACUUUGCAGCUGUGAACAAGAACAAUGAGAUCAUCGUGACUGACUUCCAUAACCACUCCGUCAAGGUUUUCACCCUUGAGGGCGAGCUGGUGUUGAAAUUUGGCUCUAACGGUGAGGGAAACGGCCAGUUCAACGCGCCUACUGGUGUAGCUGUGGACAUUAAUGGGAACAUCAUCGUAGCUGACUGGGGCAACAGCAGAAUACAGGUGUUUGACGGCAGCGGCUCCUUCCUCUCCUACAUCAACACGUCAGCGGACCCUCUGUACGGACCCCAAGGUCUGGCUCUGACCUCAGAUGGACAUGUGGUAGUGGCUGACUCUGGCAACCACUGCUUCAAAGUCUACCGCUACCUACAAUGAUGGAGGACUGGAUGGAGAAGUGAAGCAGAGGAAGGAAAGACAGAUGGAGGGAGCAGUUGUCGGAGUGGAGAGAUGUGCACGAUGUCAAAUUCUAGGAAUUAUUGCAUGAACCUUUUCUGCAGUCUGUAACGAAGGAGGGAGGGAUGGAUGGAAAAGAGGAGGAAGCAAAGAAGAAGGAUUAGUCAUCAUCACAUCAUCAGACCACAGUGAACCUAUGAUCUGCUUUUGACAUCUUCGAUAACUUGGAUAAAGUAUGAUCAUAGUAAUCUUCAACACCUGAAACAGUGGAUGAGAAAGACUGGUCUUUGAACUACAUCUUCUUGUAGUCUAAAGAGGGAUAAGAAGAAUAGUAGAUGAGGGGGAAUGGAUUGAUGGUGGAUUCAAGACUUUGCUGCACUAAUGCAAAUUUGAGGAAACUCGCAGUGGGACCCUGGAGUGAUGCAAGACUGGAGUAAAAACAGAUAUGCAACAACUGCAUCAUGAUGUCAAAUUCUAAAACUCCCUCUUUCUCCCAGUUUGGCAUUAAUAUAAAAAUGGAGGAGUGAAUGAAAAAAACAGUUUUAAACAAAAGUAAGAAAAAACACAGGCUGCAAAAAGAGAUGAUGAAAAAUGUCUUUGGAAACCACUGCUUCCUAAACGGAGGGUAUGACGAAUAAAGGGAUUGGCGAAGUAUCGAAGGCAUGAGUGAACAAAUAAAGUUUGGUGUUUUGCAGAGAAUGGAUUAAAGGAUUAAAAGUUUUCUAAUGUUCUGCCUUCUCAUAUGUAUGUAACAGACAAAUGAAUGGCCAUCGAGCUAAAAGAUGUCUACGUCUUGGUUUCUCAGUCUGGGUUGGUACCACAGAUUCCCCCUACUGCUUUUUGUACAGUAGAUUAAAUUCCUCCAUCAACAUAUAUUCUAACAUUUGGAAGCAUUAGCUACCAACUCUUCAGGCCCAGACACACCAAACUGACUUCAGAGAACUAGCAGCGACAAAGGUUGCCUCACGUCGCCUAUGUGUGCAAAGACUUCAACCCACAGCCAACCAGCACAUAUGAUCUGUGCCUGCAGGUGGCAGUUGUCUGUAAUCGUCAUUCAAAAAGGGAAAACAGAAGACCAGCCUGUUCUCAUUCUGAAGUCAUCAAAUAAUGCCGCUUUGCCAGUGAUUUUAGAAUCAGACGCUGAUGCCAAAAGCCACCCUUAGUGGCCGUAUGAUGCGCCGCCGGGUGGCGUCAGUGUGCAACUGAACCUUUGGCGGCUUUAUGAUACUCCGCUGGUUGGCUGGACGGCAGCUGUCGCAGCAUGUGAAACAUGUGGCUGUACGAGACGCUGCUGGUAACAAAGUAAUAUAAGGAAGGGGAGGUGGAUGAGUCCAACAAACCCCACACUUUUACCCAGGAGGCCAUGAUGUUUUUUUCUAAACAUAACCAUGUGCUUUUGUUGACAUCCUGGCAUUGGUUGCAGCGUCCUGGAGCGUAAAUAGCAUAUGCCAAACGAUACCUAGCGUGGAAUGUACAGACAUGAAAGGCGACUGCGAAAUGGCGAUAUGCGACAACUUUGGAAUGAGAACAGGUUGAGAAGGCUGUCUUGACGUUAGUUGGCCAGUUAGCACAUUACCAACACAAUCCAAUGUUGAAAGAACGGAGAAUAUUUAUCGUGUGCCAAAGAACAAUAACACAAACCAUCAAGAUUUGUUUCCGCUAAAGAACUCACUGGCUAAAGAAAAACAAUCUCACCUUCCUGGUCUCACUCCCUCUUGACUUUAGCUCUUUAUUCAACACAUUGAAUCGGCGUAAAAAAAGCCAACGACUGACGAGGGCCAAUGGUGCGGGACACACCGCAGUGAUGAGGGCCGCUGGCGCUCACUGACGCUCACUGAAGGCCCAACAUUGACCGACGCUUGAACGUCAUUUUGGUGUGUCAGGGCCUUUAGAGCUCAUCAGGGCACCCUUGAUCAAAGCACUUAACAUCAAACUGGUCCAGCAGUAGAGAACUGUGGUUGUACUGGAAAACUUCCAGCAGUGAACGUGUAUAUCUGUAAAUAUUCAGCAAGGAAUCACUUAAAAAGGGCAUUCUCACCCAGCCAAAUUUACAGUACAAUGACUUUAUUGUUGAAUGAGAAAGAAAUCUCAUUAGACUAAGACAUGGGCCACUUUUAGCCUGUUGUCCAUUGUUUGUACAUUAGGAUUGUCUGAAUGUGGAAUGUUUAUUUACUUUCCUGCCAUAUGCUAGUAUUCUAUCAAAGUCUAAGGCAAUAGAUUCAUCAAUAGAAAUGAUUGCUUAACUCUGGUUCUGAUUGUCUGGAUGAUUGUUCCAAUUGGUUGACUGACACGGUAGCUUUGACGAGCAGCAUCGUCUUAUCUAUGCUUGGUUUGGGUGUUAAUAUAUUUUUUCCUGACAAAUCUGUUGCAAGGAGAAGAAAAGCGUCUAUAAAUCUAUCCUAUAUAUUUGUGAGAAUACCUUUAAUAAUAUCCUGUAAAAUGUUCAAAUUCAUUGGCAUAUUUGGAAUCAGCAACAUCUCUCCUCACUUGUUUCUGCUCGCCGUCUCAGUGACAAACACCAGGAGGCCGGGGGAGGAGAAUCUAGAACAUUCUUCGACAUUGCCAAGGUUUCUAGAAUGCUCUGACAAUUCCCAGAAGUGCUGUCGCUGGCUUGUACGACUCCACGUCCUGUCACCGCUCAUAAAACAAUACCCCAGUGUUCUAAAAGCAUGCCUCUGUAUUACGUGAUUGUUGACAUCAAACUUACCACUACGCAUUUGAACUGUAAGCUCCCCAUUUUACAAACAGAUCACACGCACCCAAGAAGACUCGCAGUAACGUUGAGUAAAGGACAAGAGACGAGACAAUGUGAAGCAUUUAAAAAUGACUUUUGGAAAAGUGUCAUAUUAAUAACAGUAAUACAAAGCAUUUAAAUAGGCAAGAAAUGCAUUUCAGUUACUCACAUUAGCAUUCAGUUAGACAGUUUCAACCUUUAUCAUCAAUACAGAAAACAUCUUUGGCUUGUCGGGGAAAUGGUGUCCUAUCAAGUUCACACUGGAUCAAACAGUAAACUAUAUGUAAGUUAUUACUUUUAUUUAUUUAUUUAUUUAUCAAUUCCAUCAUUUCAAUCUUUCUCUCUUGCCAUUUGAUUGUGUUCCACCGUGUGCAUUGAAAUUCUUAAGUGCCCAUUAUACUUAUUGUUUUUGUACAUUUUGUCUGUUCUGUUGAAUCAAAACAUGAUUGUUGGUCUUUGAUACAUUUUAUACUGACUGUUGUGAGUGGACAAAUCAGCGUGUCAGAGUUGUCUCGUUUGAAAGUCAUCAUGCUGUAGGGGACAAAUAAUCAAGCUAGCCAGUUCGCAAAAACAGUUUGUUAGCAUUCUGAUUGAAACCACUGGACAUGUUUAGCACAAAGCGAAUAAGUUAGCUGUAGCUAAGAGUACAAUGUUCAAGCUUUUUGACCAAGUACGGAGGUUUAUUUUGAAAUGUGAACAACUGGUGCUUCUCAAAGUCAAGGAACGAUCCUUAAACGGCUGAACUUCAAGGAGGCUACGUUACUGAAUAACGCCCUUUGAAUUCUACCGAGGACAGUCUUUCCUUCAGAGAACUUUCAAGGAUGCAUGUGUGUAUCCUCAGCAGACGGGAAGAACCCACAAACCUUUGAACAGGAUUUGCCCGAAUUGAAGGCGGGGCCUCUUCAGUGACACACACCUGGGCACUCACAGGCCUUUUCCAGUGUGUGUUUACCACAUGCUAGGAAGGAGUCUUGCCUAGUCUCUGUAGAUCCCAAGUUGGGAGGACUCGUCCUACCAAAGAAGCAUCCUUGACUUUGAGAAGCACUGUCGGUCCCUUUUGUAACAAAGGGUACAACUAGUUAAAAGCUAACUUGGUUUCAAUGCUGAAUGCUAAUGCUAGCUGUCACUUUUACAGAUGGGUAAGACAAAAACAGUUUGAUAAGCGAACGUUCGAUAAAAGUCGUCAGAGUCCCAAAAAGAAGUUCAUGUCGUUUCCCUAAUUGUGCUGAUUGUCAGUUUGUUAAAGGUACAUUCUCUGACUUUGUUUAAGCACCCAAUACUGCUGUCAAAUCUCCAACUUUGCUCAUCGCCAGUGAACUGGUUGAAGACUUUUGGAUUUGUUGGCAGUAUUGAUUGUUUCAACAGAAUCAGAUUGUGUCUUCUGAAGUAAUCUGGGCCUUGUUUGCUGAUGAUUUAGCCUUAAUGUCUAAUACAAAUGAAUGUUAUUCAGUGUUGACAUGAUGGAUUUGCCUUCUCAGUGACCUUGAUUUGAAAUGUACUGCAAACAUGAGUAAGUUAGUUGACAACCAUUUCAGACAUAUUGCUCAUUUGUAGACUACACAUCCAUUUGAGGGAACUUCCGAAAUUCUGACAACUGGAAAAAGACAUUCCUAAAUCAACACAACAGAAAGAAGCUACAUUAGUCAUUACAAACACACACAUGGCUCGAGCAUCAUUGUUGGUUUGCACCAUGUGAUCAACGCUGCUGUUCUUUUUCCUCAAAUGGAUAUGUAGUGUUUUUGGAACACAGCUCUUAAAGCACUGAUCAGUUUCUUACAGUUUCUCUUGCCUGCUCUUUCUCUCUCUGUAUUUACUAUCUGUCAUGUCUGUUCACUGUUAUGAACCGUCUCUUUAAUAUUCACACACACUCAACACUGAAAUAAAGCAUUGAUUCCUAAAUGGCA